AUGAGGCCCCCCACGGACUACGAUGGUACGAGAGUACCCGCUGAGGCAGAAGAGGGUGACCCCAGGGCGCCAGCAAUGAUGAUCUGCGCAAGACUGGCCGGAAGAGCCAUCAUCAGAGUUGUCGGCAGAUGUGAGGAUGCACAGGAAAACAGUCAAUUAGAUCUUUCUGAAUGUCAACUAAUGCAAGUACCUGAUGCUGUAUACCACCUUAUGCGACACACGGAGCUCAAGAGUUGUGACCUUAGUGGGAAUGUGAUAACCAAAAUUCCUCCUAAAUUCACAGUUAAAUUUAGUUUAAUCACAGACUUAAACCUAUCAAAUAAUCAAAUGGCCAAAUUACCAGAUGAACUCUGUACAUUAGCUUGCCUUGAGCGUCUGGAUAUCUCUCACAACACAUUUGUGGCCCUGCCUAGUAUUGCCUUCCAAUGCCCCAGUCUGCACACAUUACUUGCACACCACAAUCAAAUCAUUGAAGUGGAUGUUGACAGGUUAGCAAGAUCUAGGGCACUUGAAUAUGUAGACUUAAGUGACAACCCUAUUCCACCUCGAAUGUAUGAAGAAUUGAAACAAUUGUCUAGACCUGCAAUAUCAGUAUCAGAAAGACAAAAAGAAGAUUGGGAAGAAGAUCUCCUUAUA